AUGAAAGGACAGUAUGAAGAGCAGAGCAAACUCCGAACAGGAGAAGAUUUACUCAUGGUCUAUGAGACAGAGGAUCAUGAGAUUGAAUACUGUUUUCCCUCCAUCAACUCAUCAUGUAUCAAGGGAAAGCGCUCAAGUUAUGAAUACAAUAUCAUGUAUGUAUUUUUUUCAUUGCUGUCAGCAUGGACUGUGUUUCUGAACCUGCUGGUGAUCAUCUCCAUCUCCCACUUCAAGAAGCUUCACACUCCAACCAACCUGAUCAUUCUCUCUCUGGCAGCAGCUGAUAUGCUUAUAGGGCUUAUUGUCAUGCCUGUGGAUGCCAUCAAGCUAACUGAGACAUGUUGGUACUUUGGAGACACUUUCUGUGACGUGUUUAUGAUAAUCAUGGGAUUGCUCACCUCAACAUCUAUUUGUAAUUUAGUUUUAAUUGCUGUUGAUCGUUAUGUGGCUGUGUGUCAUCCUUUACUCUACCCAAAGAAAAUAACAGUGACUAAAACUUUAAUAAGCAUCUGUCUCUGCUGGUUGUUCUCCUCAAAUUACAAUAUUGGCUAUAUAGUAAGUGGCAGAUAUUUUGCAGCUUCCCAAAGAUCAGAUGGGUGUUAUGGAAAAUGCUAUUUAGUAAUAAGUUUUUCUGGGACAUUCACUGACCUUUUCUUUUCCUUCUUGUUACCUUGUACCACGAUUAUAACUUUAUAUUUGAGGAUUUUUUAUGUUGUACAUCAGCAAGUGAAAGUUAUAAACUCCAUGAUGAAGAGUGGUAAAUGUGUAACAGAAGGAUCAGUAAGGAGGAAAUCUGAGAGCAAAGCUGCACUGACAUUAGGAAUCAUUGUGACAGUUUAUCUGCUUUGCUAUAUUCCCUACUAUAUAUUGUCUGUAACAGGUACUACAGUAACAUCUUCUGCCACAGUAACAUUUCUAUUAUGGACUUUGUAUGUUAACUCCGGUCUGAAUCCUCUUAUCUAUGCUUUAUUCUACCGCUGGUUUAAAAUAUCAGUAAAACACAUCUUAACGUUUAAAAUACUCGACCCAGCAUCCUCUCUUGUGGACAUUUUUAAAGAUUAA